UGUGGCAGGGUGAAACUGACCUCAGGGUAUUAUAGGCUCAUGAGGUGGAUCAAUAGGUUCAAACUGGAGUCCUAGUUAGCAGCAGCAUUGAAACAGUGGGAGUCAUAGCGCACAGUGGGCUUUCAGCAGUCUUCAAGGGACCGCCAAUGAGCCCGGAUGUCUCGGCAGAUGGAUCAUCUUUUCUAUAACAACGUUAUGAUAAAAUACAAGAAGCAAGGGCGCUAGAAGACCUCUACUAACAAUGUGAGAGAAGAUGGGGGACUGGAACUUGUUGGGCAGCAUCUUAGAAGAAGUCCACAUUCAUUCUACCAUUGUGGGGAAGAUCUGGCUCACCAUCCUCUUUAUUUUCCGAAUGCUUGUCCUUGGUGUUGCUGCUGAAGACGUCUGGGAUGACGAGCAAAGCGAGUUCGUCUGCAACACGGAGCAGCCCGGCUGCAAGAAUGUCUGCUACGACCAGGCUUUCCCUAUCUCCAUGAUACGUUACUGGGUCCUGCAGAUCAUCUUCGUAUCCUCUCCCUCACUGGUCUACAUGGGGCACGCUUUGUACCGUCUGAGAACCCUUGAUAAAGAGCGGCAUAAAAAGAAGGCCUGUCUGAAGGCUGAGCUGGAGGGGACCGACCCUGACCAGGAGGACCACAAGAGGAUCGAGCGGGAGCUCAGGAAAUUAGAUGAGCAGAAGAAAGUAAGGAAAGCACCGCUAAGAGGAUCUUUGCUUCGCACAUAUGUCUUUCAUAUCCUGACCAGAUCUGUGGUGGAGGUGGGCUUCAUCAUUGGCCAGUGUGCUCUUUAUGGCAUUGGACUGUCCCCUCUGUACAAGUGUGAAAGGCUGCCUUGCCCCAACAGCGUCGACUGUUUUGUUUCAAGGCCUACAGAGAAAAACAUUUUCAUGGUUUUCAUGCUGGUCAUUGCUGGAGUGUCUUUGUUCCUCAACCUUCUGGAGAUUUUCCAUCUGGGGGUGAAAAAGAUCAAGCAAAGCUUAUAUGGGUACAAAUAUGGAGACGAUGACAGUGUUUGCAGGUCAAAGAAAAAUUCCAUAGUGCAACAAAUUUGUGUUCUCACUAACUCCUCGCCGCAAAGGCUGCUUGAGCUGACGCAGAUCGCAUCAGAUCCUCGCAAGGAUUCUCAUGGAGAUGUUCACCCUCAUAGUUUGGUUCCGGCAGCUUGUCAGAAUCCAGGGGGGAUGGAUGUCUCACAGCAGCAUCGUGCGCAGACGUACCGGCCGAGCCAAGGUGACAUCCAGCGUUUGCAGCAACUUGGGGCUGUGGAGCGGCGGCACACACUGGAAAACAGGAAACCCUCGUUCAGCAGUGAUGAGUCAAAUGGACCUCAGAGUUCGGGCAAGCCUCGCUAUUCAGGACCUCGAGCUACGCUAGUGGCCAGCCACAUGGAGAUCCCAGCUGCCCUGAGGAACCCUCAGAGGAAGCAGAGCAAAGUCAAUGUGAGCAAGGAGCUCAGCGACAUGAGUGAUUCUCCAGAGAGUGACCACUAUCCCACAGCCAGGAAGUGCAGCUUUAUGUCCCGAGGACUGUCGGAGGCCAAGCUUGCCAGUCCAUCUGAUAGUGGUGCCUCUCAGAGUGGAACAGAUACUGAGGGCCAGCACUUCAACCAAGGAGAAAGCCCAGUGAUGACCCCACCUCCCCCAGCCUCUGGUAGGAGGAUGUCCAUGGUAAGAACAUUAUACCUUCUAGAUGAAAUCACAGCAUCCCCUGUUAGGUUUAACAUUCCUGUCCACCAAACACAUUUCAAUAGUAGACUCAGUGGAACAGGAGAUAGGGUUACAGGGUGGGAGUGUUUCCAGGGUUGUGCUGCUCUCUGCUGGAUCACCAUGGGAUGAGCUGGUAGGGUCCAAUCAGGGUUAACACUUUCCAUUCUUCGUUCCCAGCCAAUGCCAAAGUCCCGGCUUUUAAAUCAGGGCAUUUCCUGUUAGAAACAUCAUUAUUGAGACAAGUUUAACUACAGAUAUUCCUGCUAAAAAGAAAGGUUUUAUGUGGCAGGCGAAAAUGAUAAAAAAAAACUUUACUCAAGGUCUUAUUGAAUGCAGCUGUAGAUAAACAGCAGCACAGAAGCAAAGACCUGCCAUUAAAACUAACUGUAACAAACCAAGCAGUCCAAAACUGCACUGCUAUGUAUAAUUUUAUAAAGAGGGUAUAACUGCCCAUAAAACAAGACAACUUCCAUGGGUGACCCCAAGAAAACAGGCUGUUUCUAGUGAGAGCUAUGUGAUCCAUAAAGAAAAUGGUAAUUUAGCCAAAAAAGCCUCCUGGCAGAGUUGAUCAGCAACAGGGUUAGUUCAGCUGUGACAUGCACACCGUGGGGUGUUGUCCCAGGAACAAUAUUCAUUUGAGAAAAUAUGGACAAGUGUACAGAGAUUUAAACUAGAAUCUGCUUGAACUGACAGGGAUUUUUUGGAGACUCAGUUUUUAGUUUUUAAUGGUGGGUAUUCCCCGUUGAAUAGUCCCUGAGCUGGUUAGAUCUCAUCUGGCUUUCCAGUAUGGAUUUCCACCUGGAUUCUGGAAAAUGAGUUUAGAAAUAUGGCAUCUCUCAUCCUAAUUCUACAAGUCAAAUUAUUUUUCUUUUUUAGUCAUUCUGCUAUAUUUAGGUUCACUGGUGAUGUUUUAAGUACUGGACAAAUGAUCUUACACUGCCUGGACUCUGGAAUAUUUUGGUAUAAAUAUGUAUAAUGUCUAUGUUGAUUCGGAGGCCCUGCCCAAAUCAUCCACCCUCCAUCACCGUGUGUGUGAAUGUUUGUGCCAAAAGGCAAAUUUGGCACAAACAAUAAGGAGCUGUGGAUUGUGAUUAAACGUCUCUUCUAUGGUCUUAACUUGAAAAAAAAAUUUAAUUGUACAGUAACCAUGCAUUCAUAGCUUUAAGGUUGAAAUGAAAGAAAAAAAAAAUAUUUAAACACAAAUAUCCUGGGUGGUCCAGAGAACAGAGUAAUGUCUCCUUAGUGGAUAACA